AUGGAUGAUCUCGCCGGUCUGAGCUGGACUCCCAGCUCCAAUGACUCCAACAAGAAACCCUCGCCCAUGACCUCGGGACUGAUGAAUACAAUGCGCAUUCCCUCGAUCCAAGCACGGCCGUCGCCGCCGCCGCCAUCGUCGAACGGACAUUCCAACCCGCCAUCGAAGCCUGCAACGCCGGCUAACGACAGCUUUGCCAAUUUGGUAUCUUUCGGAAGUUCUAACAACAAUAAGAAUUUAUCUCUAUUGGAGCAACAGAAGAAGCUGCAAGAACAGAAAUCCAAGCAAGAAGCCGAAAAGCGGAGUCAGUACGAGGCACAGUAUGGAGGACAGAAUGCUCAGUUUUGGGACACUUUGGAUGGGAAAGGGAGCACAAGGACUGCGUCGCCAGCAUCUGCGGCGCAAAUACCAUCUCCAGAUGAGGACGAUAUCUUGGCCGCCUUUAAUUCAGCAGCACCUGUGGAUGCAUCUACAAACUUUCCCAUUCCUUCUACAUCUACUUCUCGAUCAGCGACGCGGAGCCCAAUGAAUCGAACAAUAGCUGAACCUGCAAAUAAAAUGGGGUUCGAUGACGACGACGAUCCGUUUGGUUUGGGGACAAUGCCACAAUCUAAAUCGACAGCGGUACAAUCUACAACGCAGGACAAUGAUGACGAUGAUUUUCUUGGGUUAUUGGGAAAGCCUGUGUCUGAAGCUGCGCCUGCAAGGGCCAAAUCAAAAUCACCCGUCCCGAGUCCUCAAGCGCGUUCUGACGAUCCACGAGACCGCGCCGUGGCCGAACUUGUCGAUAUGGGAUUUCCACCAGAAAAGGCGGCAGAAGCUUUACAAAGUACAGAAUCCGGUGUAGAUGUGCAGGCGGCUGUUGGAUGGCUCUUGAACCAAGCACACUCAGAAUCGCGGCAGAAAGCAAGAUCUAAGGCGGGACUUCCACCUGAAGAACAUCCACCGCGCAAUCGAGAGGAACAACCACCCGGUAAACAAUACUCACCUUCGUGGAUGAGAGAAGGGGAACCGGAGGGACGUCGAGGGGAUAGCAGAUCCCCGCAGCCCCACGAGCGAGAUGUCGGAGAAAUGGCUGCCAGCUUUGGCAAUUCACUAUUCAAGACCGCGAACUCCCUGUGGAAACAAGGAAGCAAGAAAGUGCAACAGGCUGUUCAGGAGUUUAACGGUGAAGCAGACCCAAACCAGCCUAAGUGGAUGCGAGAAGCUGCUUCUGCUCGAAGUCCGGAAGAACGAGGUCAUCGUCCUAAGGUCCCCGAGAAAGAUGUACAACGACGUGGUCCGGUGCGUGAACAGCCCACAAAUAUGACGGACGAGGCUUUACUGCUAGAGUCUGGCGCUGGUCGGCCUACUCGUAGUGCUCCUCGGAGACCUGGUUCUGUAGAGCCACGACACCAACCUGCGCCUGCGCCUGCACCUGCGCCUUUCAAUGAAGCAAUAGCUGAGAGACGAGAGAAUAGAAAUCCUUUCCGGCAACCUCAACCACAGCAGCAGCAACAACAACGGCGUCCUCAAGAUUUCGGCCGAGAUGUCAAAAGUCAACUUACUCGAAAUGCGUUGGAAGAGCAAUCAGCACAGGCAUAUGUCAGCCCAGCAAGACGGCGGAAGCCACAGCAGCCUGCUCCAUCGGCAGUCACUGAGGAUAAUCAUAUAGAUCUAUUGGAUAGCUCAAAACCUGAAAAACCAGCCCCCGCAAAACCAUCCGCGCAAGCUCCGAUUGCACGAGCUUCGAAACCAUCAACACCUAUUCCAUCACGGCCCAAAGCUCCCCCGCGCACAAUCCCUUCAGUCACACAGUCGGCACUUUCAUCGUCACACAAGGACCGUGAGAGUGGAAAUGAUGCAUAUAAACGGGGGGAUUACGGCGCAGCGCAUGAAGCGUUUACGAAAGCACUAUCCCAUCUCCCAUCGGGCCAUCCCGUAACGAUUCUAGUACUCAGCAAUSGAGCCAUGACUGCAUUGAAGAUUGGAGAGCCAAAAGUAGCAAUCUCUGACGCAGACACGAUUCUAGCAUUCAUUGGACCUGCAAAGGGCGAAGGGGAAACUAUCGAGCUCGGCAACGGUCAACCCGCAAAACCAAUGAAGGACUUCUUCGGAAAAGCGCUUAUGCGCAAGGCCGAGGCCCUCGAGCAUCUCGAGAAAUGGGUCGAUGCAGCAGAGACAUGGAAACAGGCCGUUGAAGCGGGCCAUGGCGGUAGCACAAGUAUUCAGGGUCGUAAUCGAUGCGAAAAAGCAGCUGGCAUCAGCAAACCCGCCCCAGCUGCUGCCGCUGCACGACCUACUACAUCCCGACCUCCUUCCAAGAAACCGUCACCGGCCCCUCGCACUUCCGCUCUAAGCGAUUUGUCGGGCAGCAAAGCAGCCCCAACCGCCGAAGCAGUUACACGCCUCCGCGCCGCUAACGAAGCCGCCGAGCGAGCCGACGAGGAGAAAUUGGCUCUCACAGACAGCGUCGACGCAAAGAUAAUGGCAUGGCGAGAUGGGAAACAGGACAAUUUGCGCGCAUUGCUGGGAAGCUUGGAGAAUGUCCUGUGGCCGGAGUCCGGGUGGAAGAAGAUUAAUAUGUCUGAGUUGAUAUUGGCGAAUAAGGUCAAGAUUCAGUAUAUGAAGGGGAUCGCAAAGGUGCAUCCUGAUAAGAUUUCUACGAAUGCUACCACCGAACAACGGAUGAUUGCAGGAGCGGUGUUUAGCACACUAAACGAAGCAUGGGAUAAAUUCCGCCAGGAGAAUAAUCUAUAA